CAUCCACAAUCACUAGACAUUAUUCACCAUCAGCUGAAAUCAGUCACCGUCAGUAGACAUCUUUCACCAUCAGUACACAUCAUUCACCAUCAGUACACAUCAUCCACAAUCACUAAACAUUAUUCACCAUCAGUAGACAUCAUUUCAUUGUCAAUAGACAUCAUUCACCAUCAGUAGACAUCAUUCACCAUCAGUAGACAUCAUUCACCAUCAGUAGACAUCAUUCACUGUCAGUAGACAUUAUUCACCAUCAGUAGACAUCAUUCACCGUCAGUAGACAUCAUUCUCUGUCACUUGAAAUCACUCACUAUUUGAGACAUCAUCCAGAAUCACUAGACAUUAUUCACCAUCAAUGAUAUCAUUUUACCAUCUGCAGACAUCAGUCGCCAUCAGAAGACAUACCAUGCCAGUUGACAUCAUUCAUUAUCAGUAAAUAUCAUUCACCGUCAUUAGACAUCAUUCACCAGAAGUAGACAUCAUUUGCUGUCACUAGACUUCAUUCUUCACCAUCAGUAGACAUUAUUCACCAUCAGUAAACAUUAACCGUCAGUAGAUAUCAUUCACCAUCUGUAGACAUCAUUCACAAUCACUAGACAUCAUUUACCAUCAGUAGACAUCAUUCACCGUCUGGAGACAUCAUUCACCAUCUGGAGACAUCAUUCACCAUCACUAGACAUAAUUCACAACCACUUGACAUUAUUCACCAUCUAAAGACAUCAUUCACCAUCACUAGACAUCAUUCACCAUCAGUAGACAUCAUUCACCAUCAGUAGACAUCAUUCACUGUCAGUAGACAUCAUUCACUGUCAGUAGACAUCAUUCACUGUCACUUGACAUCACUCACUAUCUAGUAUAGUAUAGUAUAUCUUUAUUGCGCCUUACUCUCCAAAGAGAGGCAUCGGUCUAGUUACAAUAAAGGUUUUUUCAACUACACAAAUUUAAAAAGAAAGAAAUAUGAACGGAAACGAUAAAAUUAUACAGCAUAUACCAUGUCAAUAAUAAUUAUACUAUAAUUUAAUUACCUAAUCAAUUGGGUUUUUGACUCAUGAACUGUUCUAUUUACCUGAGACAUCAUCCACAAUCACUAGACAUUAUUCACCAUCGGUAGACAUCGUUUACCGUCAAUAGACAUCAAUCACCAUCAGUAGACAUUUUUCAACACCAGUAGACAUCAUUCACCAUCACUAGACAUCAUUCACCAUCAGUAGACAUCAUUCACAAUCACCAGACGUUAUUCACCAUUAGUAGACAUCAUUCACUGUCAAUAGACAUCAUUCACCAUCAGUAGACAUCAUUCACCAACAGUAGACAUUAUUCACCAUCAGUAGACAUCAUUCACUGUCAGUAGACGUCAUUCACUGUCACUUGACAUCACUCACUAUUUGAGACAUCAUCCACAAUCACUAAACAUUAUUCAUCAUCAACGAGAUCAUUUUACCAUCUGCAGACAUCAGUAGCCAUCAGAAGACAUACCAUGCCAGCAGACAUCAUUCAUUAUCAGUAAAUAUCAUUCACCGUCAUUAGACAUCAUUCACCAUAAGUAGACAUCAUUUGCCAUCAGUAGACAUCAUUAAUUUUUGCUGUCCCUAGACUUCAUUCCUUAUCAGUAAAUUUCAGUCACUAUCAGUAGACAUCAUUUACCAUUGCAGGGCGUCCUUCACCAUCAUUAGACAUCAUUCCCAGUCAGUUGACAUCAAUAUAGACAUCGACUAUCAGUAGACAUUGUUCACCAUCAGUAAACAUCAUUAACCGUCAGUAGAUAUCAUUCACCAUCUGUAGACAUCAUUCACAAUCACUAGACAUCAUUUACCAUCAGUAGACAUCAUUCACCAUCUGGAGACAUCAUUCACCAUCACUAAACAUCAUUCACCAUCAGUAGACAUAAUUCACAACCACUAG